AAAUUUAUAAUUUAACAGUUGACAUCAUGGAAUCUCUAGAUGGCGAUGAAUUCGAAGAAAAUGAAGCAAUUUGGAAAUGGAAAAUGAACCAAUGGCUAAAGAAGCGUGGGAAAUCAGAGUACAUUGACUUUGAUAUUGAAGAAUUGAAGAAAUUGAGGUAUUAUUUUGACUGAAUUGAUGAGAAAAACCAAGAUGCUAUUGGAGUCUCAGAGCUUGAAGAUCCUUUAAUAGCCCUAGGGCUUGUAGAUAACAGAGACGAGGUCCAGAAAAUAGUCAAUGAUGUUGAUGAUGACAACACUGGCAUGAUUGAAUUCAAUGAAUUUCUGGAAAUUAUUAAGAUAGGAAACUCUAACGCAAAAGAUGCAAGCGAUAAGACUGUUAAAAUCUAUAAUUUCUUUAAGUCUCUUACCACAGGGAAGUUUAACCCUGAAGGGAAAGAGCUUAUCUUCAAGCUAUUUAUCUCUAAGUACAGGAGAGAGCAGAUAUUAAACUCAAUGAUGAGUAAGAAUCCAAAUGAGAAAAAGAUCGGGACCAAGAUCCUGAAUAACUACAGGAAUCAACUGGCAUAUAACAAGGGAAGGGAGCAAAUCCAAAAUCUGGGACAGGAUAAAGGACACCUUGAUGGCAGUAGGUUCCAGUUCAUCAUAAUGUUGGCAAUGAUGAAAUAUUUUAAAUAUUUUCAUCGGGAUUCUUCUUAAUAUAUUUAUGAGAAACCUUAACUGGAAAAGCAAAUUUUUAACUUUGCUUUCGGAGAUGGUUAAAGACCUUUUUAAAAAGAUUUGGUUCAUUGCUUAACCAUAGUAGCUUAUAAUCUUUACCUAUGCUUUCAUUAGUCUACUUACGUUUGUUAUUGUUUGCUUAGUCUGAUGAUAUAGAGUCAGGGUUUCCAGAAAUUUCAGACGUAUUCUCAACACAACCUCCAGAACCAGACUUCUUAUUUGAAAUCCUGGAGCAAAAGAACGAUGACCCUGAAGACAAUGGAUACGGCAGUGAUGAAGAUUAAUCAACAUAAAAAGUGAUUUCCAGAGCUUCUCGGUCUUU